AUGGAUUACCGUUGCAUUCUGAGGGAAGUUCAUUACAGAAUCGUCAAUGAGAACGAAGAGAACUGUCAUCCUACUUCCUUUACAUUGAGAGAUGCAAGCAAACUUGCCAAAGUUGAUGUUGGGACACCACUCUUUCAGCACGACAACCAACAUUAUACAAUUGAAGGUUUGGUCCCAAAGAAAGAAGACCAGAUACAGCUGACCAGAAAAGAACAGUCUUGGUUGCUUGUAGAAAUUCCAAUCGUGCCUGACUAUCCAGAAUAUGCCUGGGCUGCACUGAGACCAGCACGAACAGUACCGUGGGAAAAACAUGCUCAAGAGGGAAGUGACGGUUACUACUCUCCUGCAGGCUUCAAACCACGAUAUCCUGAACCGAGCAAAUGGUACAAACGUAGACCAGGUAGUGACUUCAAGAGUUCCUCCCAACACCCAUGCAAGUGUCAUAGGCUCCGUUUUUUGUUGCGUCUCAGUGAUGCUUUGUCGCGAGCCGCAGUGGAUUGCACACAAGAUUGGUUUUUCGUAGAUUUGCCGAUCCUGGAUGCUACCAUUACAGAAACUGUCGGUGACCUGCUCCUGUUUGCCGCUGAAUUGGUUGGAAACGACCGGCUGCGACCGGGCCACUUAGCCAUCAGUGCAGGCGUUCCCAAUGAGCGAUUAUGGCAAUGUAAAACGCCCUUAAUUGUUCUUUGGAAUCACAUGCACAUCGCCUCGCUCAAGCUCACUGGAGAAGUUCCUGCUUUCGCUUCGCUGAACUCUGCAGACCACACAUCCAAACUAGGCACACCUGCCGAUGCAACUAAAGAAGAAGGUGAAUACUUUGCCAUGGCAGCCAUACACACUCUGCCUGAGUGGGUCAUAUCCGACGAACUCAAAAGAACUUCGAGAAAAAUAUGCAACUGGUCCAUGUCGAUUGCCUCAUGA